AUGAAACUGCCAGCAGAAUCAGACAGCUGUUACCAAGUUGACAUUAUUGACAAGACAGUACAGGAAACAUUCCUACUUCAUGGUCCAUCUGAUACAUAUGAGGCAUGCAUUGCACAAUCCCAAUCAGUUCACUCAAAUUUUCUUGAAGUUGAAACAUGUGCACGAUUUUUGGAGACCAACCCGCCAUAUACCCGAAAACGGCACUUCGAGGAACUGGGGACAGGAAUUACGAAGCCACUACCUUCUAUCCAGCAGCUGCCAGUUUUAGAACUCAAGCAACUACCGCCACAUCUCAGAUAUGCAUACUUGGGAGAGUCAGAUACACUUCUAGUAAUCAUUUCAAACACAGUCAGUGAGGUGGAAGAAGAAAAACUGCUCAAGGUACUUAGAGAGAACAAGACGGCAAUUGGGUGGACAAUAGCUGACAUUAAAGGAAUCAGCCCUUCUCUGUGUAUGCAUAAAAUUCUAAUGGAGGAAAACUAUAAGCCAAGUAUAGAGGGUCGGAGAAGAUUAAAUUGGAACAUAAAGGAAGUGGUCAGGGCAGAGAUACUGAAAUUACUGGAUGCAGAAAUUAUCUACCCAAUUUCAGAUAGUGCAUGGAUUAGUCCAGUUCAAGUGGUACUAAAAAAAGGGGGAAUCACAGUGGUGAAAAAUGAGAAGAAUAAAUUAAUUCCUACCAGAACAGUUACGGGAUGGAGAGUUUGCAUUGACUAUCGCAAACUCAAUGCAGCCACACGAAAGGAUCAUUUCUCCCUCCCAUUCAUUGAUCAGAUGUUAGAGAGAUUGGCUGGACAUUCACACUACUGCUUCCUUGAUGGAUACUUGGGCUAUAAUCAGAUACUUGUCACGCCAGAAGAUCGGAAGAAUACCACUUUCACCUGUCCCUAUGUGUUUGGAUCUUCAUUCGAUGAAUGUCUAGAGCACCUGAAUUUGAUCUUACAGAGAUGCAAGGAGACUAACCUGGUUUUAAAUUGGGAGAAAUGCCACUUUAUGGUGCAUGAAGGCAUUGUACUCGGGCAUCGAAUCUCGGUAAAAGGAAUUGAGGUGGACAAGGCAAAAAUUCAAGUUAUUGAGAAGUCACCAUCGCCUACAUCAUUCAAUGAAGAAUGCCUCACAGCAUUCAACACUUUAAAGGAGAAGCUUACGACAGCAUCAGUAAUUGUGGCACCAGACUGGGAACUCCCUUUUUAA